UGGAAUUUCACUUUUGACCGUUUUGAAGUGGAACCUGGCCAAACUUACCAAGUGACUGUCUACCACUUGCCCAAACUGGGUGUACAUGGAGACUACAAUUGCAAGUCCAUGUCUUUCACAAUGCCUGGCUGCAAGGACUCUCUAAUGAAAAGAACCAUCCCAUGUAUAAAGACAGGCAGUUUGUGGGAGCCCAGGAUCCAAGGUGAAAGUUUAGAUGAUACAACUCUGCUUGUGAGCUUUAACCCAUGGAUGGAGUCAGCCCGAUACCAAAUUCAUGUGGCCAGCUUCCUGAAUGAGAAGAAGUGUAAAAUGAUCACACAUGAUUUCACUGAGGGUGGACUGCAACAGCAAGUGAAUGUCACAAUCAAAAUAGAGAAGAACAUAGGAGCUUGCUGCAACUACAUAAUACAGAUUCAGCCAUUCUUUGAGGACUGUGGCACAGACUGUCUGAGACACUCUGCUUUCAUCCCAUGUUCACCAGCUCCAAGUACAGACCCAUCAGAUGAUAUGAUGAUAUGGCUCUACUGGUGUAUCACUGGGAUCUGUGUGUUACUGGUGGGAUCAGUCAUAGCAGGUGUGAUUUGUAUGACCAAAAAACGAGCAGGACACCGGCAAGGGAAAUGUAACCACAAUGAUUUGCAAACUGCAGCACCAUAUACCGACCUUCCUCUGCCACCCUUGAAGCCCCGAAAGGUUUGGAUUGUGUACUCUGCUGAUCACCUGUUGUACGUGGAUGUGGUGCUGAAGUUUGCAGAGUUUCUGAUGACUGUGUGUGGUACUGCUGUAGCCUUAGACCUGUUAGAAGAUCAACAGAUCUCAGAGUUAGGGCCAUUACCCUGGCUUACUCGACAGAAGAAGGAAAUGGAAGACCUAUCUUCAAAGAUCAUCAUCUUAUGUUCACGGGGCACCCAGGCCAAAUGGCAGGCCAUGCUUGGGAGUGAGCCUGUGUGCCUCAAGCAAGAUCAGCAAAAGCCAGUGGGAGACCUUUUCACCCCAGCCUUGAAUUUGAUCCUGCCAGAUUUCAAGAAGCCAGCCUGUUUUGGAAUGUAUAUAGUCUGCUAUUUUGAGGGGAUAAGUAGUGAGAACGAUAUACCUGAUCUGUUCAAUGUCACAUCCAGGUACCAACUGAUGGACAAGUUUGAGGAUAUUUAUUUUCGGAUUCAGGAUUUGGAGAAGUUUGAACCUGGGCGCAUCCAUCGAAUCCAGGAAAUCACAGCUGAAAAUUACAUUGAUACCCCUAGUGGGAGGAAGUUGAAAGAGGCAGUACAAAAGUUCAAAAACUGGCAGGCAGAGCACCCAGACUGGUUUGAGAGUGAAACCAUCUGCUUGGAUAAUGAUGAAGAGCUGCAGUCCCUGAACAGAGAGAGCCAGGUGGAUUCAUUGCUAGGUGAACCGUGUGGAAUUGUGAAACAUGAGCUGCACCUGCGGGAGCCAGACCCUGACUGCUGUUACCUCAUCAACCUCCACAUGCAUGAAGGUGAAAGUAAAGGCUGUAAACUGCAGCCUCAACUUAAUCCAUGUGGAGAUCCAACUUCUCAGACUAUGGUCCUUCCUAUGGAUGAGACUCCUCUAGUUCAGGUAGUGGAGCCAGUCUCUUCCAUGGAAGACAGAAAUAUACUUAGUCAUCAUGUACUAAGUAAUGAGGACUGUGUGGAAGGAGUUCCUCUUCUGGAGACAAGCUCUCCAAUGAGGAAUAACAUCAUCCUCCACGAUGACUCUGAAGUUUCAUCAGUAAAUGACCGGAGUCCUGCAAACCUCUCGGGUGAACUGAGACACCAUCUGAAUGGACUCAUGUACUCUCUUUAUCAGCAGAGUGUCAUUCCUUCAGAGCCAUCUCUCUGCCAAGAGGAGGCUGACAAGCAACACCAGUUGGUCUUUGAGCAAUGCAAAGACCAAAGACAGUCAGUGCAGUCAGACCAGGGCUACAUCUCUAGAUGUUCCCCUCUGCCUCCUGAUGACCUUGUGGAGGAGGAGGAAGAAGAGGAGGAGGAGGAGGAUCAGGAAAAACAUGUGGUCUUCCAUGAACUCUCUCCAGAGGUCUUGAACAGUCUAAAGAGCCUCCAGCAGCAGCUGUUUUUCCAGGACAUUCAACGGAGCUCUGACUGGGGGUAUCCAGCUGAGGUGAUGGACAUUGGCCAGUCUUUGGAGGACUGUUAG